AUGGGUAACCAGCAGUCUAAUAUGGGAGGCGGCCAAGGAGGAGAUGGUCGUGAUGAUAAGGAUAAGAAGAAGGACAAGCCUAAAUACGAGCCCCCUCCACCUCCAACCACUCGCAUCGGAAAGAAGAAGCGCAAGGCCGCUGGUCCCAGCACUGCCGCUAAGCUCCCCGAUAUCUACCCAACUUCCCGAUGCAAGCUACGAUACCUCCGAAUGCAACGAGUCCACGACCACCUGCUGCUCGAGGAGGAAUACGUUGAGAACAUGGAGCGAUUGCGCAAGGCCAAAGCCCAGGCUACCCAAGGUACUGUCGACCGAGGUGAUCUGGAUGUGAUGGACCGCAACGCCGAUGAGCGGAGUCGAGUCGACGAUAUGCGUGGCAGCCCGAUGGGCGUCGGUAAUCUGGAGGAGUUGAUCGACGAUGACCAUGCUAUCGUUUCCAGUGCAACUGGCCCAGAGUACUACGUCUCGAUCAUGUCUUUUGUAGACAAGGAUCUUCUCGAGCCUGGUGCCAGCAUCCUGCUGCAUCACAAGUCCGUGUCAGUCGUUGGUGUCUUGACAGAAGAGUCUGACCCUCUCGUAUCCGUCAUGAAGCUUGACAAGGCCCCGACAGAGUCAUAUGCCGACAUUGGUGGUCUGGAACAACAAAUCCAAGAAGUACGAGAGUCCGUCGAGCUGCCUUUACUACACCCUGAACUGUACGAGGAGAUGGGAAAGACGCUCCUUGCGAAGGCUGUCGCCAACCAAACAAGCGCUACUUUCCUGCGUAUUGUCGGUAGUGAGCUGAUCCAGAAGUAUCUGGGUGACGGUCCACGUUUGGUUCGCCAGAUUUUCUCAGUGGCUGCCGAGCAUGCUCCUUCGAUUGUGUUUAUUGAUGAGAUUGAUGCCAUCGGUACCAAGCGUUACGACUCUACAUCCGGUGGUGAGCGAGAGAUCCAGCGUACCAUGCUGGAAUUGCUUAACCAACUGGAUGGUUUCGAUGAUCGCGGUGACGUGAAGGUCAUCAUGGCCACUAACAAGAUCGAAACACUGGAUCCGGCUCUCAUCCGACCCGGUCGUAUUGAUCGUAAGAUCUUGUUCGAGAACCCUGACCAAACCACGAAGAAGAAGAUUUUCACUUUGCACACCUCGAAGAUGUCCCUGGGUGAUGACGUUGACCUGGAUGAGUUCAUCAACCAGAAGGAUGACCUGUCUGGUGCUGAUAUUCGUGCCAUCUGUACCGAGGCUGGUCUGAUGGCCCUGAGAGAGCGUCGCAUGAGAGUGCAGAUGGAUGACUUCCGUUCCGCUCGGGAACGCAUUAUGAAGACCAAGCAGGAUGGUGGCCCUGUGGAGGGACUGUACUUGUAA